CCAGCUUGCUGAGCGAUUUUGUGAUCAUAGCUUGAUAUCAUUCUCUCCCACUCCAACAACGUCUUGUGCGCUAUUUCGAAAUCAAGUCACUCAGAAAUAGAUCCUGACUAGCUCAAUAACUGCAACCACAGCCCUGCAAUACCAGCUAUGGCGGCUGACGUCCAGUCUGCAGUCGACCAACUGACAACCGCCGAUUCUACGCAUCCGCCCAACUUUGACUUUUCCUUCACUCCAUUCCUCCGACGAACAUUCGGAUUUGGCCUUGCCACCGAUGUGCCAGUAUGCAAAGCAUUCAAAGAAGGCCAUUGCCCCCUUGGCCCAACCUGCCCCGACAGACACCCCACACCGUCACGAGUUACAACCUCGACGACAAACGCGUCCGGUCUCGCGCCCUCUGUCACACACGGCUCCCUAGUCUGCAAGCAUUUCCUCAAGGGUCUAUGCAAGAAGGGCUUUAAAUGCGAGUAUCUCCACGAGUACAACCUCAGGCGCAUGCCCGAGUGCCAGUCCUUCUCCCGCUCCGGAUAUUGCCCCAACGGCGAAGACUGUCUGUAUCACCACGUCCGCGAAACGGCCCGACUGCCGCGAUGUGAACACUACGAUAGGGGUUUCUGCCCUCUAGGACCCAUCUGCGCCAAGCGCCAUGUUCGUCAACGCCUCUGUCCGUAUUAUCUAGUCGGCUUCUGUCCUGAUGGUAAGGCCUGUGAACAUGGCGCACAUCCUCGCUGGCCGGAAAAUCUCCCGCGGCCUCAGAUCCGUGUUGAAAAAACAGAGGAGGAUCUCGAGCGGGAACGCAUUCUGAUUCGCGAAGAGCAAGAGAAGGAGGAAGAAAGACAACGAGAGGAUGUGAAAUAUAUUGGUGGACUCUAGAUUACGUUUUGCAUUUUAUGGAGCGUUUAGU